UGACCUUCUUGCGAUAGGUUUUAAUGACGGCGUUGCUAUUUUGAAUGUUUGUCAGCGCGAAAUGUUUAUUUAUAAAUUAUUAAUGAGUUGAGAGGAUACAGUUUGUUUUGGCGAGCAGUUUCGAUUGAAAAAUUGCACUUGUUGUGAACAUGUGGUGAGAGGUCUUGACCGUAUCUCGUUCAGAGGUAAAAAUUAGAUUUCUUCGUCUCUCUGAUCUGCCCAAAAUGUCUAUAAGUGGUUAUACGUGUAUACGAUUCGUCUUUUGUUGGGUUAACGUAUUAUUUUGGAUAUCAGGAUGCGGUCUUCUGGGAGUUGGAAUUUGGUUAAGGAUAGCAUACGAAGGAUACGCAUCCUUAAUGCCACAGUACGCGCUUUUGAGUGCUGACUCCUUAGCUAUUGCAUUUGGGACCAUAACGUUCAUAUUUUCGUUUUUUGCUUGCUGUGGAUCGUGGUUCCAGAACAAGUGCAUGUUAGUAACUUAUUUUGUCCUGGUUGUAUUUAUUUUCGUAGCUGAGUUUUUGGUAGGAGCUCUAGCGUUCAUAUACAGAGAAAGUUUGAAGCACACGUUAAGGGAAGAACUUAGGGACGGGCUUCUACACCAUUACAAUAUGACUUCUGACGGUCCUAGCAGUUUGGUCCAUAUUUGGGACAAUAUUCAGACCCAGUUCGGCUGUUGUGGUAUAGAAAAUUAUGAGGACUGGUACAUGAUAGAUGCCUGGCCUGACGAAAAAUGGGUGCCAGACUCUUGCUGUCUACCAGCGAGUUACGAUUUGAAUUGUGGCAGGAUCAAGGACUCUGGACUGUACGUUCAUGGGUGCUUCACUCAGAUCUACAGCUGGUUCCUCCAAAGGCUGGAUAUCAUCGGAGUUGUUGGGCUGAUGGUGGCAUUUAUCCAGUUGUAUGGUCUAAUCUCCUCCAUGCUGUUAUUCUGCACGGUGAAGCACAAAAGGACAUCGAGGACGUACAAAUCCUAUUCAUAAUACUAAGUACAUAUUAAUUAAAACAUUAUUUCGAAAUAGUGUUUUUGAUAACAUGUCUGUUUAUUUGUGUAUCACGUCAUUGAUGACCUGUGACCUGCAAGGCUGAUUCUGUCAUUUUCGUACAUGUGUUGUUAUACAAAUAAAGAAAAAUAAUUUAUAUUUAAUUAUGAAAAUAAUAUUAGAUAUAUGUACUGUUUGUUGCAAACAUUUGAUGUUAAUUCCUUCUAGCUUUAAUAUAGGUAGGUAUUUAAUAUUUUAUAUUGUCUUGUUGUCCAUGUUUAUAAAUGUAUUGUACAUAAUGUUUUAUCUAAUAGAAAAUUUAUAUGUAAAUGUUAAUAAACAAUAAGUUAUUUGGUAUA